CAGGAGUGUAUUACAUCAGCCCUCUCUUCCACAGAGAGCAGAAGGAAAAAGCUUGGGGCUUUAUCACCCAGCUCACUCACACUGACACAACCUCACGGAUUACGAUCUAACCCGGGCAAAUGGUUUGAGGGACAGCAGCACUUGAAAGGACUGAAGAUUCUGUCUCCUCUGGAGAUGGCACGUCUGCAGAAGAUCUGCUUCCUCCUGACGACUUUGCUCUUCCUGUCUGGAGCAGUGAUGUCACAGGUCAAUCCAAGUGUGUGUCGCUACCCCCUGGGAAUGACCGGUGGGCAGAUUGAGGAUGAGGACAUCUAUGCUUCCAGUCAGUGGUCUGAGUCUACUGCAGGGAGAUACGGCAGGCUGGAGUCGGAAGACGGGGACGGGGCGUGGUGUCCGAACUCGUCGGUGGAGCCCGACAGCGCCAAGGAGUUCCUGCAGGUGGACCUGCGCUCGCUGCACUUCAUCACGCUGGUGGGCACCCAGGGCCGGCACGCCGGGGGCAUCGGCAAGGAGUUCGCCAGGAUGUACAAGAUCAAGUACAGCCGCGACGGCAGCCGCUGGGUUUCCUGGAGGAACCGCUACAGCAGGGAGGUUAUAGAGGGAAAUAAGAAUGCCUAUGACAUCGUGCUGAAAGACCUGGAGCCGCCCAUCAUCGCCCGCUUUGUCCGCUUCAUGCCCGUGACGGACCACUCUUCCAAUGUCUGCAUGAGGGUGGAGCUCUACGGCUGCGAGUGGCUAGAUGGCCUGGUGUCUUACAAUGCGCCAGUAGGGGAGCAUCUGACCCUUCAUGGCUUGGCUUUUCACCUGAACGACUCGGUGUACGACGGGGCCGUGGGCUACAGGAUGACAGAGGGCCUGGGUCAGCUUACGGAUGGCAUGAGCGGCCUGGAUGACUUUAGCCACAGCCAUAUUUACAACGUCUGGCCCGGUUAUGACUACGUGGGCUGGAACAACGAGAGCUUCCAACACGUAGAGAUGGUGUUUGAGUUUGACCGAGUCCGCAACUUCACCACCAUGAAGGUGCACUGCAACAAUAUGUUCACAAAGAGGGUGAAGACAUUCCGCCAGGUGAUCUGCUACUUCCGCUCAAUGUCAGACUGGGAGCCCAACCCCGUGCUCUUCAGCCCGGUGAUGGACGACGUCAACCCGAGUGCCCGCUUCAUCACUGUCCCCCUCCACAACCGCAUGGCCAGCGCCAUCAAGUGCCAGUACUUCUUUGCUGACGCCUGGAUGAUGUUCAGCGAGAUCACCUUCCAAUCAGACACUGCAAUGUACAACACCACACUGGUACCACGAAAAACUGCGCUUCCUGGCAUUAUUCAACCAGCGGAUGACCCAACCCACAAAGUGGAUGAUAGUAAUACCCGGAUUCUUGUUGGCUGCUUGGUGGCCAUCAUUGCCAUCCUCAUGGCGAUAAUAGUCAUCAUGUUGUGGCGGCAGGUCUGGCAAAAGAUGCUUGAGAAGGCCUCUCGGCGGAUGCUUGAUGAUGAGCUGACCACCAGCCUGUCCAUGCAGAGUGAGACGUUUCUCUACAGCCACCAAAAUUCCUCCACAUCCCCCAGUGAGCAGGAGUCCAGUUCCACCUACGAGAGGAUCUUCCCCCUGGGGCCCGACUACCAGGAGCCAUCCCGCCUCAUCCGCAAACUCCCAGAGCUCUCCCAGUCCAUGGAGGAAGCUGCAGGGGCGAGCGGGGUAUCUAAAACAGCUCAAGCCACCAGUCAGGACGGAGUCCCUCACUACGCUGAGGCAGACAUUGUUAAUCUACAGGGCGUGACAGGAAGCAACACUUACUCUGUCCCUGCCCUCACCAUGGACCUGCUGUCCGGCAAAGACGUCGCCGUGGGAGAGUUCCCACGGAAACUGCUCAUGUUCAAGGAGAAACUGGGGGAAGGCCAGUUUGGAGAGGUGCACCUGUGUGAGGCUGAGGGGAUGCAGGACUUCAUGGACAAAGAUUUCUCUUUCGACAUCAGUGAGGACCUGCCCAUCCUUGUGGCUGUGAAGAUGCUGAGAGAAGACGCCAACAAGAGCGCAAGGAACGAUUUCCUGAAGGAGAUUAAGAUCAUGUCUCGGCUGAAGGACCCCAACAUUAUCCGUCUGUUGGCGGUGUGCAUGAACAGCGACCCGCUUUGCAUGAUCACAGAAUACAUGGAGAAUGGCGACCUCAACCAGUUCCUGUCCCGCCAUGGGCCAGGUGACCAGGCAGCCCUGUCGGGUGACACGCCCACCGUCAGCUACAGUAACUUGCAGUACAUGGCUACACAGAUUGCCUCCGGAAUGAAGUACCUGUCCUCCCUCAACUUUGUGCACCGUGACCUGGCCACACGCAACUGCCUGGUGGGGAAGAACUACACUAUCAAGAUCGCUGACUUCGGCAUGAGCCGCAACCUGUACAGCAGCGACUACUACCGCAUCCAGGGCCGAGCUGUCCUGCCCAUUCGGUGGAUGUCCUGGGAAAGCAUCCUGCUGGGAAAGUUCACCACAGCCAGCGAUGUGUGGGCAUUCGGUGUGACUCUGUGGGAGACCCUGACCUUCUGCAAGGAGCAGCCAUAUUCCCAGCUCUCUGAUGAGCAGGUCAUUGAGAAUACCGGCGAGUUCUUCCGCGACCAGAGUCGGCAGAUCUACCUGCCGCAGCCAGCAAUUUGUCCUGACUCAGUGUACAGACUGAUGUUGAGUUGCUGGCACCGCAGCGUAAAGGAGCGGCCAUCCUUCCAGGAGAUCCACCGCACCCUACUGGAGUGCCCUGUGUAGAAAUCCAAUGUGUCUACUGGACUCCAUAGUCCCACACACACACACACACAUACAUUUACACACGCACACUCACAAGGAUAGGCUUACACAUAGGCAAACACAGGCAUGCACACAAACACAUACCCACACUCACAUGCACGCUCACACACAUACACACACACACGCGCACACACACACACACACACACACACACUAAGUUACAUAUGUACACACUCACACACACCUGCAACACACAUUCGUAAAUUUCUAUCGUAUGUACUAUUGUAGGAAAAAAAUGUUUUGUUGGUUUUGUUUUUUAGAAAUGAGAGUAGUGUGACUACACUGUACAUAUUGUUUAUUAAGCUUGUUCUCAUGUUUCUGUAUACAUAGUUCAGCAUAAGAAGAAUUUUGUAGGAACUAUACAUGGAGGAAAUGUAAAAUAGUAGCUAUGGAAUGUGUUGUUUUUGUUCUCAGUCUUUAUUUUGAGAAUUUCUUGAAUGUAAGAUGAUGUAAUUUAACCAAAGAUAUACAAAUAGAACAAAUGUAAAUAAGGCAAGUAAUACCCAAAUAUCAAAUAUCACAGUUCUGGGGCCAACAGCUCCUUUAGACUGUUUUUUGCUUAUCCCAUCCUGUAGGGAUGUAGAUCUUGUUAAAUAAGUUGCAGUAUCAAAACAUGUUAUUAAUAUUUGUAGGUAUUGUAUGUUUUUGCAUUUUUCUGUAUAAUUAUGUUGUUAUUUUUUGUUAAGUAUCCAUCCUAAUUGGAUGGCCUUCACUUUCAAUUAUAUAGUGUGGAUCCAAUUUCUAUAUUGUAUAGUAUGAGAAUGUUCUGUGGGCCAGGGAGAAAAGAUUACUCAGAAACUGGACUGUGAAGAAGCACUACAAGUUUUGUUGGAAACGGAAAGUCUAUAGUUGUUUGUAUAGCAUGUGAAAUUGAUUGUUUACAGAAAGAGAGGGAAUUUUAUUCUUUUGAAUAUGAAUAUAAAAUGUCUUGAGUAAAAACAUUGGAAGACUGAAGAUGAAAAGAAGUCUGAUUC